GUUUUAAGCCCCAGUUUGGUCCCACCACUCUCAGGAGAGAAGAGAAGAGCGAGCACAAGUCUGUUAUGGCCCGCUGACAGCGACUGCCUGGGACGGCCCACUCCAGGGAGCAUCUGAUGGGAUUAUAACGCUCUUUCCAGCUCGCUUUUUCCCACUAACUCUGCUCGAUCCGCUGGUGGUGCUGUGUCACAGACCCGUGUGUUCACAUGGACAGCUUUGUGUCAAGGUUGCUGGACCCGGUUUUAGCAGACAGAGAACACCUGGGGCCCGCUGUGGAGGAAUUCAGUUCUGUCAGUUUGCAGCUGGUUUGGGAGAAUUCGAGCUUGUUGUUUCCUAUUUAGGAGUACGGAGAGCGGGAGAAAAAAACACACACACUCACACAAGAGGAGCGUUUGUGUUGGCGCGUCUGUGGCGAGCUGAAUGGAGGACGAGUGAGGAAUUAGUCCCAGAUGAGCACUGACAGCUGACACUGUCCUCAGCUUCACUGGGUUGGAUUCGGCCCCAUACUUUGGCUGUCAGUGAGACGAGAUGCUAACUCACUCUACCAUAGGUCUUUAACAGCCAAGACUCUUUGCCUUUUUAGGCUGUUCACACCCACACACACACACACACACACACACACACACACACACACACACAAACUCCUGAGCUGAACUUCUCUGAUUCCUCCUUUUCCACAACUCAGAUGGACAUCCCCUCACUGCCAGGACCAGACACUGAACCGCACAUUGAACUUCUGUGGUUUGUUGAUUCUGGAAGUGAAUCGCUUCAGGUUUGAUCAGAGGAACUCAGGAGGAGACGCAGCAGGCCUGACCUGCUGCUGCCUUCACCUCCAUCCCUGCUCCCUCCAGGUGCAGCUGAUGAGACUCUUGGCGUUGUGCUGCUUUGCAUCUUGAUGUUGUUUUGCAUUUGUCCUUCUUGGACCUGCGUUUUCCUGCCCCGUCCCGUCAGAGGAACCUGUCCACUGCUGGCAUAGCUCGUGGCCGCAGAAGGCAUCAAGGAAUUUGGACAGCUCCUCUCUCUGAUUUGCGACAGCAUGGGGGUCACACCACAGAAGUUCAUGCUCUUCAUCCUUCACCACCCAAAGUUCUGAUUUUGAUGAUUAUCUGAACUUUUUUUUUUUAAACCUGCCAGCAAAAUGAUGAACAAAGACUCUCGCUUUUCGAGGAAGAUGCACGGCAACUUCUCCACGCGUAGGCACUCGUGCAUCGGUUUCGAUGUGGAGAAUGGGUUAUCGGUGGGACGCAGCCCCCUGGACCCCCAGGCCAGUCCUGGUUCUGGUCUGGUCCUACAGGCUAACUUCCCUCACAGCCAGCGGCGGGAAUCCUUCCUCUACCGCUCGGACUCAGACUUCGACCUUUCUCCUAAAGGCCCUUCCAGAAACUCCUCCACUGCCAGUGACCUGGAAGAAAGCUUGAAGCACUGGGAAGUCAACUGGUUGUCAUCUCGACAUACAGAAGACAUGAUAGUCACACCAUUUGCACAGGUCCUCGCCAGCCUGAGGACCGUCCGGAGUAACUUUGCCGUCAUCACCGGCCAACAAGAUCGCCCAGCCAGCAAGACACGGUCCUCAGGCAGCAACCCACCGUCCAUGUGCAAGACCAGCCUGGCAGAGGAGCCUCAUCAGCAGCUGGCCAUCGAGACUCUAGACGAGCUGGAUUGGUGUCUGGAGCAACUGGAGACGCUGAAAACCCGACACUCUGUCAGCGAGAUGGCCUCCAACAAGUUCAAGAGGAUGCUGAACCGAGAGCUCAGCCAGCUGUCAGAAACCAGCCGUUCAGGGAACCAGGUGUCUGAGUUCAUCUCCAGCACCUUCCUCGAGAAGCAACAUGACAUGGACAUCAUGUCUCCCCCCGCCAAGGAGAAGGACAAGAAGAAGCGGCCCAUGUCCCAGAUCAGCGGUGUGAAGAAGGCCACCCACAGCCCCAGCCUCGCUCCCUCCUCCAUCCCUCGCUUCGGGGUCAGCGCUAGUCAGGAGGGUCUCCUAGCCAAGGAGCUCGAGGACACCAACAGAUGGGGUAUCGACAUCUUUAAAGUCUCGGAGUAUUCUGGGAGUCGCCCGCUGACGGUCACCAUGUACACCAUCUUCCAGGAGCGAGAGCUGCUCAAGUCCUUUAAGAUCCCGGUGGACACUUUCAUUACCUUCAUGAUGACUUUGGAGGAUCACUACCAUUCUGACGUGGCCUAUCACAACAACAUCCACGCUGCAGAUGUGGUCCAGUCCACACAUGUGCUGCUGUCCACGCCAGCACUGGAGGCUGUGUUUACUGAUCUGGAGAUUCUCGCCGCUCUCUUCGCCAGCGCCAUCCACGACGUAGAUCACCCUGGAGUUUCCAAUCAGUUCCUCAUCAACACCAACUCGGAGCUGGCCCUGAUGUACAACGACUCGUCGGUGCUGGAGAAUCACCACCUGGCCGUCGGCUUCAAGCUCCUGCAGGAAGACAACUGUGACAUCUUUAAGAACCUCAGCAAAAAGCAGAGACAGUCGCUGCGCAAAAUGGUCAUCGACAUGGUGCUGGCCACAGAUAUGUCCAAACACAUGAACCUGCUAGCAGACCUGAAAACCAUGGUGGAGACCAAGAAAGUCACCAGUCUAGGAGUCCUGCUGCUAGACAACUAUUCAGAUCGUAUCCAGGUUCUUCAGAACAUGGUUCACUGUGCAGAUCUGAGCAACCCAACCAAACCUCUGGAGCUGUACCGGCAGUGGACCGACCGCAUCAUGGUGGAGUUCUUCACUCAGGGCGACAGAGAGAGAGACAAAGGCAUGGAGAUCAGCCCCAUGUGUGACAAGCACAACGCCUCCAUAGAGAAGAACCAGGUGGGCUUCAUUGACUACAUCGUCCAUCCUCUGUGGGAGACGUGGGCCGACCUGGUUCACCCCGAUGCUCAGGAGAUCCUGGACACGCUGGAGGACAACAGAGAGUGGUACCAGAGCAUGAUCCCCCACAGCCCCUCGCCCAACCCGGAGGGCCCGGAGGAGGGAGCCCACGCAGGAGAGGCUUCGGCUCUGAGCGCCGUCUCCUCUGCAGCCGACAAGUUUCAGUUCGAGCUGACCUUGGAGGAAGAAGGAGAGUCUGACACGGAGAGUCCGCCUGAGGAGGAGGAGGGCUACAGCAGCAGCAGCAGGGCGCCUGAAGCUGGCAGGACUGACCCGACACGACGGCUUCCCAAAAUGCUCAUUAGUGACUCAGGCAGGACGUUUUCUUUAGACUCGGAGAAAGACAUGGCGGAAGACAGGGAGACAGACGAGGAGGGCGUCUCUGCGGUGGCACGCUUCAGACUCGGCACAUAGCACCAGUCAAAAGGUUUCCUUCUUUUGGCCUUUUUCUGUUUCGUUUUUUCUUGGUUUCGGUGCCUCGUCCUCUGCCACUCCCCUCCUCCCAUGCCAAGCUAACACCGCCACCUCUGACAGGGUGACAGCCAGACUCGGGGUGGGGUGUACGGGAGUGAUUGUGGGGGUGUUGAGAGGGUCUGCAGUUUUUCACAGCAGUCACUUGCACUGGAGAGAGACAGACAGACUGAGUCCCUGCACCAGGAGGACAGGAAACCAGGUUUCUGACCAGUCCUUCGUGUUCUGUGUCUUUCAUUCAGACAAACUGUGGCUCAAGUUCUACAGAGACAAUGAGAAGUUAGAUGCAGCUUCCCUUCCUUGCAGCCAGCCUGAGGUCUAGCACAGCUCCAGACAGAACCGUCUUCCUCUGUUUGUGAAGAAAGUGAGGAAGUGGUGAAUGAAAACACAACCACGUCUUUUAAGACAUCUGCCAAACUUGCGACUCACUGGGACGAUGCUGUUUGCCUGCCUUUUAGUUUUCCUUUGUUUGUUCUGUUGUUUUGAUGCACACACACUAAUGAAGGUGCAGCCAGCAGUGGAAGCGAAGAGAGGAACUAUGCAUGGCUUUAUGCAGGAAAUGUUCAAUGUAGCAGAAAUUCUGAGUAACUCUUGGCUGUGACUGUCCAGCAGCUUCCUCUGAGCUCAGCAGCGUGUUGUGUUCAGCAGGCAGCUGUCUGGAUCAGAACCACUGAGCUGCCACUACACAUUGUUUUAAUGUCUUCAGAUGUAUUAUUUCCAGUUUUAUAAUCCUACACUGAGAUGUUGUCAGCGACAAACCUGAGCCAGGGUCAGUAUGGUGUUGGGCAGUCAUGGAAUCACAUCCAGAGCAGUUGGACUGUGCACAUGGCGCCUCCCAGUGUCCACGAGUGGAACUGAAGUUCUGGUACAGAGGCAAAUGAUAUGCAAGGGUUUGGCUUCUAUGGAAAGUACAUUCAAAGGUAUUUAAUGGUAGGACUACCCCAGAUGUCAGCUAUAUUUUACCUUUGUUGCUCAUUUUUGAUUAUUUGUUGCUUUAUUUUUUAUUUUUAUCUGAAGUCACAUUUUUUCUCAUUCUUGAUGUUUGGCACCUAUUUUAUCAGUUUGCCUUUACGUUUGCCACGUUUUCUUUUUGCUCACAGCUAGCCCUCGUUGUGGAUUUAAAGGGCUCGAGCCAACACAUGAACACACUGGAGGCUGUGCAGCGAGUAGCAGCAACCAGCACAGACUAAACGCUGCAGCACAGCUACUCGUACAUCCAUCUGUCCAUCAUGGUUAUUGCACGCUGCGGUAAACACUGAACUAUGGUUUUUGGUAACAUCCGCUUGCAUAAAGACUAACAGGAGUGUUAUAUUAGAAGCAUGAGGGUUGCAAAGACAGACUUUAGCAUCAUUAUAACUGUAAAACAAACCAGGAAGCUACCGAGUUUCCUGUGCCAGAAUUUUUCCACUUUUUCCUCUCAUUGAUCAAUAUUUCGCUCUUCACAGGGACAUAGUCAAUGACAAAACAAGUGCCAAGCAAGCAUGACACAACCCGUACUGUAAUUUCCAUUUUGCCACUGGCUACUUUCCAUCAGUGACUGAUAAAGUUGGUUGAUUGUAGCGCCCCGUGUGCCAAUCUGACCUCAGUGUCUCUGCUCCUUUUUUCUAACUCCUGCUCAACCAGUAACUGAAACUGACAUUGUCUUAAAACAGUGAUGUGUUUUUUGUGUGUGAGCGGGUGACUGGGUCGACUUUUUAGAAGUAUUUGCUAAGAAAAAACCAAAGCACUUUGUAUGGUACUUUUACAGUUCUGCACUUCCAGUUCAGUUGAAGAUGUGUAACAUGACUGUUUCAUUGUUUUUCUGUUGACAAGCGGCCGGUGGUUGGAUUGAAUUGCACGGGCUGGACCACGACAGCUCUUAAAGGUUGGAUGUUGGAGGGACUGAAGUUGUUUUUGUUGUUGUUGUUGAUGAUGUUCUUUUUAUAAUUGACUGUACAAAAAAAAAUGUGUUUUGUUGAAAUGCAUGAGAUCAGCUGCAGGAUUCAAACAAUAUGAAGAGUAUGUGGAGUACUUGCCUCCAAACAUAGCCUGUGGAGAAUCCUGUUUAACUUUAUUAACGUACAACAGUCGUGUUUUAAUGUGUGAAUGAGCUGAACGUUUUUCUCUUCUUCUUUUUUUUCGAAGCCUUUUUUCAGACUUGGGAUUUUGUUUUUUUCUGGUCACAGAUGUGUUCACUGACAUGCUGGAGUCAAACAUGUGCAAUCCUCUCUGUAGCCAUAAACAGCACCAAACAGACCAACACUCAAGGAUGCCUUCAACACUAAGGACUAUUUAACAGCAUCUUAACCAGCACAACAUGCAGAGAUUCAGCCUGUGUCUCUGCGUGUCACUAGUUGUUUGAUUUUGUACAUUUUCCUCACAGUACUUUACGUACAACUUAUUUAUUAUUUCUAUAUUAUCUUCGCAGAAACGAUGACAAACAAGUAGACUUUUCCUCUGAGGUUUAGUACUUUUGUGUAGGCUGAUGUGUGAGAAAGUCAAACGGGACAGAUUUCAACUAUUACUCAGCUUUUUCCUUCUCAUUUCGUUAUGUCUGCAGAUAACAUUAUACAUAAGCAAAAAAAAAUACUCACGUUCAUGUUUUUCUUGGUGUAAAAAUAGUCGAGUGACAGAUUUCCGUCUUGGUUUUCUGAAGCAUCUCCUCGUUCCUGUCUUCCUGUGUUUCCACCGAUGCGGUCAGAUCACAUGUUCAUAGAGGAGCUCGCUGAUCUGAGACGUCUUUUAUCCACGGUGAACAUCAUGCAGUCAUACGGCCUCAACAGUCUUUGUAGACCAGUGUUUCUGUUCUUGAAGAUUUUAUGAAUAUGGGUCAUGAACUGAGACGCUGCAGCUUUGACAAUCCAAACUCUGCUGGGUGUGUUUGCCCUCUCUCCAACUACAACUGUAUGCCUUGCCAAUAAAGGAAAAACUCCUCACUCUG